UCUGUCAAAACAUGUCGAUCUCGCGUUCGCAGUGCUCUGAUUUUUAAUUCUCAACUUUAAUUUUGAAUAAAAUUAUAAAUAUUUUGCUUUGUGAAUCAAAAUGCUAGCUGCAUCAUAUUUUGAAUUGUACUGCUGAUUUCACGCGAAAGGCGAGCCUCCGCAGCAAAGGAUCCAACGGUAGUUGCUACGCUCGUACAACCCCUUCUCGCCGGAAGUCAAUGUGAAAUUUGUCAAUGUGUUGUGUCGAAAAAGAGUGAGAAACGAAUCCUGCAAUGACCAAGAAUAGCAAUCAUCAACCAGCGUCUAAGAACAAAAAUCACAGCCAUGAUAAUUCCAACAACGGCCAGCACAAUGCUAACAGCAAACAACACAGCCACUCAGCGUCGUCCUCUAAAGCACCACCUAAAGCGAGGCAGCAUCCGAUGGCACAAACUACAACCAGCUGGCACAUCUCGAUAACCUCCCUGGCCAUCAUCAGCCGCUUGUUGAUUCUAUUCUUGCAACUAGUAGCUAAUUUGCUGAUUCCGGAUCACGAUGCUGGCGUCUUUGUUGCUCCGAGAGAUCCUUCUGCCCCAAGCGGGAAGCUUGAUGGCAUUCUUCAGACACUUUUCGGUGGACUACAUCGAUGGGACGCCCAAUAUUUCCUACACAUUUCCGAGCAUGGGUACUCGUACGAAAACACUCUUGCUUUCUUCCCUCUAUUUCCGUUCAUUAUCAAGAUAAUGACCACCAGUUUAGGUGGUACGACCGAAAUAGUAUCAUAUCGAGAGCUUUCGCUGGUACUGGCCAUCCUACUGAACCAGGUGUUUUUCGUGCUAGCAGCCAAGGCACUAUAUCGUUUGAGUAAUCUGGUGCUGGGAAACAAAAAGAAGAGCGAACUUGCAGUCAUAUUGUUCUGCUUCAACCCUUCUUCAAUAUUCUUCAGCGCUCCGUACACGGAAAGCUUGUACGCAUGGCUUUCCUUCACCGUAAUGGCCCAGUGCAUCGACGACAUCAAUUCGGUGUUCAUAACGAUCCCACUCAGUUUGAGUAUUUUGUGCCGAUCGAAUGGCAUACUGAACAUCGGCUUCCUGCUUUUCUUUACUGCAAGACGUAUCCUGUCACAAAAUUCGUUUCACAACAUCAUCUGCAUCGGAUCUAAGUUGUUUUCAAUUCUAAUCAUUAUCAUAUUUCACUACGGGAUAGUGCAGGUCUACUACUAUUAUCUGUUUUGCUUCGAUCAAAAGUUUAGUUUUCCAGCCCAUGUCAAAGACUAUGGAAUGGUCAAUGGACUGGUGCUAGCUGGUAACAAAACAGCGACAUCUUCGCCGUGGUGCUCUAACUUCUUACCUUUAUCUUAUUCGUACGUUCAAAGCCACUACUGGGAUGUUGGGUUUAUGAAGUACUAUCAGAUAAAGCAACUACCUAACUUUCUCCUCGCCUUACCAGUGAUUUAUCUAAUCUUAAGUAACUCCUACAAGUAUAUCAUCGAAAAUUGGGACUACUGUGCCCGAUUAGGAUUGUUCCGAGUUAACAAAAAGCAAGUCAAGUGUAUGAAAAGCUACGACCGUUUAGCAUUUCCGUUUCUUGCUCACGGACUAUUUCUGACAUUGUUCAGCGUUUUGUUUGUUCACAUUCAGGUCACCACUAGAAUGGUGGCAUCGUCCAGUCCACUUUUAUACUGGUUUGCAGCUGAGUAUUUUACCGGUGAUAGAGCUUUCAUAAAGAGGCAGGUCAUUAGGAAGCUUUCCAGGCAGGUUCAAUCGGGAACCGAAUCAUGCUCACAUGUCGAGAAUCAUGUCGAUUUAAGUGAAAUUUUUGAUUUCAGAUUCAUGAAUUUCAAACAGCAAGCAAUCUUGGUAUAUUUUAUUAGCUACGUAUUCGUAGGGACGGUGCUUUUUAGCAACUUCCUCCCUUGGACAUAGAAUUCUAAUAUUUUACAAAGUCGAGUUACUCAUUUUUACAAAAUAUGGUUAACCAAAUGUAACGAUUAAAAAUAGACAAAACAGAGAGACAAUUAUCUUUACACUAUUCGAGGAGGGUACUAAAAUAUCAAUUAUUAGCAAAUACGUUUCUUUAUUGAGACUAAUAAAUUAUAAAAAAUCCUUAUCAAGAGGAAAUAAACAUAAAUCAAACGAAAGAGUGAAAUUUAUUCUAUUUAUCAGAGGCUAGUGCUAGAAAUCAGAAGCAACUUUUUUUUAAUCGUUCAAUUUAUCUUAAUAAAUAUCUUAAAAUUUAAAUAUUGUGCAAUAAUGUUAUUCUUAUUAAUUAGAUUAAAAAAUGUUUGCUUCUUAUCAUACAAUUCAAUAAAGUUAUUAUCAACAUCAACAACGUGAGUUAAAGCUCGGUCAAAAAAGAAGUAAGCGAAAGAAUUUGUGCGAGCAUUUACAUUGAUUUGCUCCAGAAUUAGGAUAAGCUUUUUGGCCGAAUUCAAGCCAAUUUUAUCACUAGAAAUGUUAUUAAAUAGGGAAGAUCGCUAUAAACAAUCUAUCAACGUUCGAUUUACUAUUGUAUCUCUGUUUAAAAUCGAGUAUUAUACAGGACUUUUUACAACAUGUUUCACAUACACUCAUCUCUUAAUGCCUUAAUAUUUAAAUAUGUAACUAUAAUGGGAGAAAAUUUAUCACAAAUCUACGCUCUAUCAAACAGUGGAGUUCGAAACUUACAACUAGUGGAACAAAACGUACCUUAAACUAUGGGGAAAGAAAGGAAACGAAUUUUAUUCUUAACGCUUGUUGAAAUUCGAGGGUUCUAGGGUUGUACCAAACUUCAAAAUGGUGGUCCUCGUUCAACAGGUUUACUGCAGUCGAGUUUAAACGCACUUUGUUAUUCGUAGCAUUUACAAAAAUAUUCAUAACGAUUUUUAAAUUUCAAAUUUUUUAAACUAUUUAAAAUAUUCAUAUUACAAUACUUACAUCUCCUGCUAUACGAUCAAGUUAUAUUUAAAGGUAAAAAAAUGGUCACGUGCUAAAGCUACGUGUUUUCCGUUUUCUAGUCUCCGUAUUUCAACUUAAAGCUUUUAUGAAUAUCACGCGUUUUAAAGUUAAGUUCUCGUUUAGUCAGAAUAGUUUCAGAAUAAAAAGCCAAAGCAACAGCGCAUAAAUAAGUAGAAUAU